AUGGGGAAGCGGAAGAGCUCGGCGCCGCCGCCGAAAAAGGUGGCGCCCAAGGUGGACACGCAGUUUACGUGUCCGUUUUGUAAUCACGACAAAUCCGUCGUCGCGCGAUUGGACAAGACGAGCGAAAAGGGCAUGGUGGAGUGCGUCGUGUGCGGACAGCGGUACACGUGUAACAUCACGCAUCUGAGCGAACCGAUCGAUGUGUACAGCGAUUGGAUCGACGCGUGCGAGCGGGUGAACGCGAGGGAGGGGGAGGAGGAGGAGGAGUAG